AUGGCUGAGAACAGAAGUUUAAGUUCAGAUGGGAGAAACUGGAAGAGGAUGCCAUUCUUUGUUUUCUUUAGAGAUGCGAGACUUGUUUUCAAGUUGGAUACACUUGGUUGGGAGAUACUAGGUAUGGCAGUACCUGCUGCCCUCGCCGUUGCUGCUGAUCCCAUUGCUUCUCUGAUUGACACUGCAUUUAUUGGUCAUAUAGGACCGGUGGAACUUGCAGCUGCAGGAAUCUCUAUUGCCUUGUUUAAUCAAGCUUCAAGGAUUACCAUAUUCCCACUGGUCAGUAUUACAACUUCUUUUGUUGCUGAGGAAGAUACUGUUGGAAGAGUCGGAAUCAAAGAAGCAGAAAAGGGCUCAGAUAAACAAAAUGAAACAACAGAUCAGUGCACACCCGAAGAUGCCAUGCUCGAGGACAUGGAAAGAGGUGAAGCUGGAAAAAAGGGCCAGAACUUAGAAAAGAGUUUACCAAAAGAUAGUGAAAUGAAAGAGUUUAUGCCGGGGGAUGUUAAGCUUGACUUGGAAAAAGAUGAUCCCAAACAAAAUGUUGAAAAUGCGGAAAGCAGUUCAGCCAAAAAGAGUCGAGUAAAGAGAGAGUCGAUGCAGGAAAAUUCUACUCUGGAGGAUGUGGACAGAGGUUCAGCAACGACGAGUGACGAGGGAAAGAAAAAUCAAGAUCAAUAUGAUUUCGACGACGACACAACUAUGGACGGCAAAGCUGGUAUUGGCAGCAGCAAAAGGAAGAGUGCCAAAACCAAAACGGAGAAGCGACAUAUUGCUUCAGCAUCAACUGCACUGCUUUUUGGUUCAAUUCUUGGAGUCUUUCAAGCUAUAGUCCUUAUUUUGGGGGCCAAACCUCUCUUGCACGUCAUGGGUGUGAAAUCUAGUUCCCCCAUGAUAGCCCCAGCACUGAAAUACUUGAAAUUAAGGUCCCUUGGUGCUCCUGCAGUUCUUCUAUCGUUGGCCAUGCAAGGGAUCUUUCGAGGGUUUAAGGAUACAAAAACUCCUCUAUAUGUGAUUGUUGUGGGGUAUACAAUAAACAUCAUUCUGGACCCGAUACUUAUCUUUGUCUUGCGUUUGGGCAUCAGCGGUGCAGCAAUUGCGCAUGUUCUUUCUCAGUACUUGAUCUUGUCAAUCCUCUUGUGCAUGUUAAUGAGAAAAGUUUAUCUCUUACCUCCAAGUCGUAAAGAAUUGCAGUUCAGCCGAUUUCUCAAAAACGGUGGUCUGCUAUUAGCAAGAGUAGUAGCGGUGACAUUCUGUGUGACGUUGGCAGCCUCAUUGGCAGCACGUUUAGGUUCAACCUCUAUGGCUGCUUUCCAGACAUGCUUACAGGUCUGGUUGACAUCUUCACUUCUCUCCGAUGGCUUGGCUGUUGCUGGACAGGCAAUACUAGCUUGUGCAUUUGCUGAGAAAGACUACAAGAAGGCAACUGCUACUGCAAACCGGGUAUUACAGAUGAGUUUUGUUCUGGGAGUGGGGCUUGCUCUCUUUGUCGGAAUUCAUUUCCUCCCUCUGUUUUAUGCUUUCUUACAUGGCAUCAGAGCCAUAGAGCAAACCUUCAUGGAGGCCUCUGUGGAAAGUUCUGGAGAUUCAUCCUCUACCCACACUGAAAACGCCUAUGUUCAUUCACACCCUGCUACAAACACCUAUCGUGCCAUCAAUAUGGCCCAAUAUUUGAACCUGAGUGAUCCAGGUAACCCCAUUCGGCUAGAUAACGGUGACAAUCCUGCCGUGAUUCUAGUCACCGACUUACUCACAACAGAUAAUUACGCCACUUGGUCGCGAGCUAUGCGACGGGCCCUUCAUGCUAAGAACAAGUUAGGGUUCAUUACCAACACCAUCCACCAACCAACUGACCCUGCAGAUCCUCUACUUGAGCUCUGA